GUUUGUUUUGAUUCACCGACGCAUUUUAUUCGCAAUUUAUCGCAAUUUAUCGCAAUUCCAUAGCUUUGUGUAAAACAGUUGUGCAGGAUGGCUUCGCAAAUUCCUCCUAACAAUCCGCCUUCAUACGAUCAAGUGAUGGCUGAAAGUGUAACUGCCACCAACCACGGAGCUGGUGCAGCAGUCCCGACAGUCACCGUUUUGCAACCUACUGCACCGAUAUUGGCCUCGGGCUCUUAUCCUCGCCAAGAGUAUGCCACACAAAGCACGGGAGUGCCUUAUUAUGGUGCAAUGGAUGGCAACAAAGUAACGACGGUGCAGGUGCUACCGCCAACCGUCCAGGCUGUUCCAGUAUCGCAAGUUACGCAGCAAAUCAUCGUCGUGAAUGGGUGCCCGGCGUGUCGCAUUGGAAUGCUGGAAGAUGAUUUUUCUUGUCUGGGCAUAUUCUGUGCCAUUUUUUUCUUUCCGCUUGGCAUUCUGGUCUGCCUGGCGCUGCGUAAUCGACGAUGCACAAACUGCGGAGCCCAAUUCUAAGCUGGAUAGGGUAUGUAGAAGAGAGGUUGUUCGUCGAACAACUAGCCAUCCGACUAGCGUGCCGACGAUGGCCAACGUAACCCGUAUGUGAUACAUCAUCAAGCAUAAUAGGCGACGAUGUAAUGCGACAUAUUCGAAUAUUAAAAACAGGACAACAUCAUGCUUUAUGUACGCGGUGCAAGGGUAUAAGAAAGUUUUCCCACAUUAUUACAGUGCUCUGUUUUGUAUUCCCGUUUCUUGUCAUUUUGAACGCCAAAUAUAUGAAUUAU